AAUACAAAACAAAAGAAAAUUCCAUUCCCUUCCCUUCGGUUUUUCUUCACCUUCCUCUCGACGACAAAGAUAAAAUUAAAACUAUCUAUUCAGACCUUUGCUCGAAGACUCAAUCAUUCAUCCUCCUUUUUCAGGAGAAUUCUUCCAAAGGGGAGAAAAAAAAGCUGAGUCAACCAUACAUAAAGGAGCUGAGUCGUUAAAGAACAAAAUGGCAUGUAGAGGUUGUCUAGAGUGUUUGCUAAAGUUACUCAACUUUCUUCUGGCGGUUGCUGGACUUGGGAUGAUUGGUUAUGGUAUCUACUUGUUUGUCGAGUACCAGAGAGCAACCGAUAACAACUCUCUUAACUUCACUGGCGACGACCAAAGUUACGUCUCUUUCGGGAGGCCCAUGCUUAUGUCUGUCGCUCUCUCUUCCAAUGUCUUUGACAAUCUCCCCAAAGCUUGGUUCAUCUACUUGUUCAUUGGUAUCGGCGUGGCUUUGUUUGUUAUUUCAUGCUGUGGCUGUGUUGGUACUUGUUCCAGGAACAUCUGCUGCUUAUCUUGUUACUCUCUGCUUCUCAUCUUGUUGAUCUUGGCGGAGCUUGGAGCUGCUGCGUUUAUUUUCUUCGACAACAGCUGGAGAGAUGAAAUUCCUUCUGACAGGACUGGAAACUUCGACACCAUCUAUAAUUUCCUCAGAGAAAACUGGAACAUUGUGAGAUGGGUAGCUCUAGGAGCCGUUGUUUUCGAGGCUUUGCUUUUCUUGCUUGCCCUUAUGGUUAGGGCAGCUAAUACACCAGCGGAGUAUGACAGUGAUGACGAGUUUAUUACUCCACCAAGGCAGAUCAGGCAGCCAUUCAUCAACCGCCAACCCGCCCCUGUUACUGGUGUCCCAGUCGCUCCUACUUUAGACCAACGCCCGAGCCGCAGUGACCCUUGGAGUGCACGUAUGAGGGAGAAGUAUGGGCUUGACACAUCUGAGUUCACAUACAAUCCCUCAGAGUCGCACCGGUUCCAGCAAAUGCCAACGCAACCAAAUGAAGAAAAGGGUCGAUGCACCAUCAUGUGAGUCCAUGCUAAAAGGUCUUCGAAAGAGAGAGUUCAGUCAGUUCUCUUUUCCUGUUUUCUUGUCUUCGUGUGUAGCAAUCAAGAGAGUCAGUGAAACUAGAGGGUUGUUUCUAGGUUGAUGAUGAUUGACUCUUAGCAUUGGAGAUCUGUCUAAUCAACCUAGAAAACUCUUUUUGUUGUGUCUUUGUAGUCGUUUGUAAUUUCAUAUUUGGUUGUUUGAUUCGGUCCUAUAAUUCUUAUUAUAUAUAAAAUUCAUCUGCUUCAUCAUGUUA